GAACGCAGACGUGCCAGAUAAGCAGUAGGAAGGGUAGCGACCGUGUCCAUUUUAACUCUCCCGAGUCACCUCCACCUAUCCGAGUCUAUUUUUCUCUCGAUCGUUGGGGAAUCUCGAAGUAGGGUUAGGGUUCCGGGGAGCUCGGAGCGGGCGGCCAUGGCGAUGAGGGCGUUCUACAACGAGAUAAAGGGGAUGAAGGUGAGGGAUCUUCCGGGGCACCUGAAGCCGAAACUCACGUGGGAGCACAUCAAGAAGACGACCGACAAGGCGGUGGACCGCUACAUCGAGAAGUACAUCGAGACCAGCUCCGUGGAGCCCCUCUUCCACGUUUGCAUCGGCGGCAUGAUCUUUUCCUACCUCGUCGCACUCCCCGAGGAGCGCCGCCACCUCGAACACCAGCAGAAGCACGCCGGCGGCGGCCAUUGAUUCCGAUCCUCCCGGGGUUGGAGAGCUUGUCUGUGGUUGGUUCGAGAUCAAUACUUGGUGCUUUUUCCUUCCCAAGAAAGUCAUGCAAACUAUGUAUUAUUUUUUUCCCAGUGCUUUUUUUGCUCAGGCUGCAUAAAUAAAUUGAGUUUACCAUGGAUUGUGACUCUGUCUAAUUGAUCACUCCAUAAAAUGUCUAAUGCAAACAGUUUAGCCAUUUGCAUGGCAGCUCAUUGCACCAC